AUGCCUAAAAACAAAACACCUAUAUUAAAUAAAACAGAAAAAAAGUCUUCUACUAAUAUUUAUGAUGACAAACACUUUUCACUGAUUCGAACUCUCCAACUAGCAGACUUCAUUACGGAACUAAAUGGAUUUUGUGGUAUCAUGAGCGUAUUUUCAUCGAUGAAAUAUUGUCUUGGAGAUCCACUAGAUACUACAUGGCUUUGGAAAUCCAUGACAUUAAUGCCAUUAGGAUUAUGUUUUGAUUUCUUAGACGGAAGAGUGGCUAGAUGGAGGAAAAAAAGCUCUCCAAUGGGAAGAGAACUUGAUAGUUUAGCUGAUUUAGUAUCUUUUGGUAUUGCACCAUCGGUAUUUGCAUUUGCUUUAGGCAUACGAACAUUAAUAGACAGCAUAAUUCUUUCUUUUUUUGUACUUUGUGGGAUUUCUAGGUUGGCAAGAUUUAAUAUCUCAGUCGAUUCAUUACCAAAAAACAAAUAUGGAAAAUUGAAAUAUUUCGAAGGUACACCAAUUCCAACUACAUUGUCAAUAGUUGCUAUGAUGGCUUGGUGGGUUAGAUCCGGUUGGAUCCUUGAAAAACUUCCUUUUGGAGUAAUAUACAAAAAUUCCUUUUUUGAAUUUCAUCCAGCAGCCAUUGUUUUUGCAUUAAGUGGCUGUGCCAUGUGCAGCAAAACUUUAAAAGUACGUAAAAUAUAA